AAAAGCAUUUAAAACCAAACUUAUUAAAUAUAUUUGACUCUAAAGUCAAAACCCUGCUUUUAUUUUAUAUCAGAAUAUUUACUGAACCAAUUCAGGGAAUUGCGGUUCACAAACAUAUUUUGCAAAAAUUGCAGUGACCUACUGCGAACUGAAGAAUAAUUCUGAAGAAAAAUCACUUUGCAAAUACAGACCGAUUUGUAAAUCAAAUAUGAUAAGACCCGACCUACUUAUUAUUAAGUCUGUCUUCUUUAUUCAACUGAUGCGCAUUUCUAACAAUGAAGAGAGUAUUUUUAGUUGGUAUACUCUGUUCUCUUAGUCUAUGCUAUGGCCAAGAUUCGCAAAAUAUGCAAGUCAUGCUUUCCGACGUCAUUGAAGCAUCUGGCAGACCGUCUUCUGUGAUAGCUAAACUAUGCUGGACGCCUAGUAAAAUAAUACAACUGCACAGUCACUUUACAAAUAAAUACAUCCAAUUUAGCGCAAAUGACGUCAUAAAAACUGAUAACUCUGAGUUUUAUGAUGAAGAACAGCAUAUCGUGUUUAUGGCUGAUCUGGACUGUCCUGAUAUUGAUAUCUAUUUUGAGAAGAACAGUGCACGAAACGUCUUCAGAGCACCAUUUCGAUGGAUUCUAUUCGGAAAUACUAGCACCAACGACGAUGAUAUUGUGCCGAAAGCUAUAUCCAACAUAGACGUGCUUCUCGAUUCUGAAGUAUUAGUGCUAAGGAGCGUCGACGAUGUGUAUGAAAUGCAUUUCGUUUACAAAAUAAGUCCAAACAACACCUGGCAGACAGAAUUCUACGGGACAUGGAAUGCAAAACAUAGAUUUCAGAAGUCUCCUCGAUUUUUCGAACCAACCUCUUUGAGACGUCUUGAUAUAGAUGGAUAUGAAAUAAGUAUUUGUUACGUACUAACGAAUAAUGAGAGCGUCAAUCACUUAUCUGAUGGCCUAGAUGAUCACAUUGAUACAAUUACGAAAGUGAAUUUCCCCACGACCAACCAUUUGUUGGAUUUCCUUAAUGCUAAAAGGAAAUACAUUUUUGCCAACACUUGGGGUUAUCGCGUUAAUGGCUCUUGGAAUGGAAUGACUGGCUACUUAGUUAGAGGCGAAGUGGAAGUCGGAGGAUCACCGAUGUUCUUCACAUUCGAGCGUGUCUCCAUAGUAGACUACAUAGCGAGUCCAACACCAACCCGAUCCAAAUUCGUAUUUCAACAACCAAAGCUGUCGUAUGAAAACAAUUUGUUCCUUCUACCAUUCAACACGACUGUAUGGUAUAGCACCAUAGCUUUGGUUUUCAUAAUAUACUUGGUGCUUCUUCUGGUGACAAAAUGGGAGUGGAAGAAAACGCAAGAUUUAUUAGAAACGAGGGAAAAAGACGCAGGCGUACUAAGGGCCAAUGUCGUUGAUAUUAUCGUUUUAAUAUUUGGGGCUGCGUGUCAACAAGGAAGUCCUUCUGAGCUGAAAGGGUCGUUAGGUCGAGUAGUAAUGCUGGUGCUAUUCCUAGCGCUGAUGUUCCUCUACACAUCCUACUCAGCUAACAUCGUGGCUCUUCUCCAAUCCAGUUCUUCACACAUCAAGACUCUGGAAGAUUUACUCCAUUCCAGGAUCAAGUUCGGCGUUCAUGAUACCGUUUUCAACAGAUAUUAUUUCUCGACUGCUACUGAACCAGUACGCAAAGCAAUAUAUGAGAAGAAAGUGGCUCCUCCUGGUACCACACCACGUUUUAUGACUAUGGAUGAGGGAGUUAUACAAAUGCGAAAGGGCCUAUUUGCAUUUCACAUGGAAACUGGAGUGGGUUACAAAUUCGUUGGGAAAUAUUUCAAUGAAGGUGAAAAAUGUGGUCUUAGAGAAAUACAGUAUUUGCAAGUUAUUGAUCCUUGGCUGGCUGUCAGAAAGAACACACCAUUCAGAGAAAUGUUCAAAAUUGGAACCAAACGCAUCCAAGAACAUGGGCUGCAAUAUCGAGAAAAUCGCCUGAUGUAUGAAAAACGCCCGAAAUGUACUGGAGGUGGAUCAAACUUCGUAUCCGUCAGCAUGGUCGACUGUUAUCCAGCUGUGCUAAUAUUAUCCUACGGAGCUAUUGUCGCAUUAUUCUUGCUUGCUUUAGAAAUAUUAGCAGAUAAAAAAGAAAACAUAUUACGAAAAUUAAACUGUAGAAAAGAUGAACCGAACUUCACUUUAUCUUUCAAUGUACACACACACGUCUUCAACAUGAAAUAUUUCACCUUGUUUUUAAAUAUAUUGUGCUUGAAAUGGUGUGUUUCAAUACACCCAAAUAAUGAUCUGCAAAUGAUUGUUGAUUUAGCCAAUUCAUACGAGAAACCAACUGCAAUUGUAGCUAAUGUGUGCUGGAAUUCUAGUGAGUAUGUCAACAUUAAAAUUAAUAAAUGGAAAGAGAAUGAUAAUCUAAGAAUACCAAUCAUCAUUUUUACAGAAGCGGAUGAAGUAAAGCUAUCCAAAAUGUUGACGAAUCUCGAAAGACCUAUUACUGUUCGUUAUUUAAGGAAAAAUAAAACAUUCGCAAAUUCUUAUCCUAAUAACCAUUUAUUGUUGUUGUUAGACAAAACUUGCGUAGAUGCUGAAUUUUUCCUCAAACAGGCUAACGCAAACAAAAUGUUUAGCAAGUCGUACAGAUGGCUAGUUCUUGGUAAUCCGAUACAAACGGAGAGUAUCGUGCCUCCCGAAUUUAAGGGUCUUAAUAUUUCCGUUGAUUCCGAAGUUAUCAUGGCUCAAAAAACAGCAAAUAACGAUACUUUGCUUCAUACAAUAUAUAAAAUCAGACCUAACUCUGAGUGGAAUAUAGAAUACUUUGGGGUUUGGUCGGCUGAUUACGGACUGAACAAGUCGGAUAAGACUAUCCAAAGUAAUGUAAUGAGACGGAAGGAUUUCAAGGGAGAACCUUUGACCGCUUCUUCUGUCGUUGAAGAUAAGAGAACUACUUUAAAUGAUUUAAUUACUCUUAGACACAUCUUUGUGGAUACAGUUGCUAAGAGCACUUUUCGUAGUAUCAAUCCCCUUUUCGACUUCUUAAAUGCGUCCAGAAGAAUACUAUUCAAUGAUACUUGGGGCUACAAGGUCAAUGGUACUUGGAACGGAAUGAUUGGAGAAAUAAACACGGGGAAAGCAGAAUUAUGUGGUAUGGUCACAUUCAUGUCAUUAGAACGCUUGAAGAUUUUAGAAUACUUUACGAACCCGACUCCUAUUGCCGCUAAGUUCGUAUUCAGGAAGCCUCCUCUCUCAUAUCAGAACAAUUUGUUUCUUUUACCAUUCACAACUGGUGUUUGGAUCUGUCUGGGUGCAUUUGUCCUCAUACUGAUAGUUGCACUGUAUAUAAAUACAAAAUGGGAUAUCAAGAAAUAUGAACAGUUUAACAAGCAAAAUAUGGACCAAACAUGCUUACCACCAACUUGGAGUGAUAUCACUAUUUUCGUACUCAGCGCCAUAUCUCAACAAGGGAGCUCUAAUGAGUUGAAAGGGACACUUGGCCGCCUUGUAAUGUUCAUAGUGUUCUUAGCGUUCCUUUUUUUAUACACGUCAUAUUCUGCGAAUAUUGUAGCACUAUUGCAGUCGACCUCCAAUCAGAUCCGAACGCUUUCUGAUUUAUUAAAUUCGAAAUUGGAACUUGGUGUUGAGGAUGUGCCUUACAAUAGAUAUUAUUUUUCGCCCGCACAGAGUGCCAGUGACCCCAUCAAAAAGGCAAUAUACGAAACGAAAGUCGCACCAAGAGGUAAACCAAACUUCUUGACUCUUGAAGAAGGUGUUAAAGCUAUGCAAAAGAGACCGUUUGCCUUCAAUAUGAAUACAGGCACUGGGUACCGAAUCGUUUCAGCGUUAUUUCAAGAGCACGAAAAAUGUGGUCUUCAGGAAAUUGAAUACUAUCAAAACGCGAAAGCUUGGCUGUGUAGCGGCAAGAACUCGCCUUUUGGCGAAAUGUUUAAAGUCGGGUAUAUCAGGAUCCAGGAGCACGGUUUGACUGACAGGGAAAACCGUUUAGCUUACGCCAAGAAACCUGUAUGCUCCGUAAUGGGUAGCAGCUUUGAUUCAGUUAAUAUGGUGGAUUUCUACCCGGUGUGUCUCAUGCUGCUCUAUGGAAUGAUCCUUGCCUUUGUCUUGUUGGUUAUCGAGAUUUUGGUGCAUCGUCAUCAGAUGAGAAAACGCAAUCAAGAAUUAAAUGUUACACAGCUUCAAUAAAUUGAAAUAUUUAAUGCUUUUCUGCGUCAUCUAAUAUUGUCUACGGACUCGCUUUAGCACUUGCUUAUUUAUUUUAUUUAGGCACAAAAUAAAAAUCUGAUAAAAUGAAUAAAUAAAACGUAUUACAUCUAUCCGACCUUCUCCUUAUCCCAACUCUAGUGUCCGACAUUUUCAAAGCAGCCAGGCAGUCUGUAGCGCCUACAUUACUGGUCGGUUUAACUCCGUUAUCGGCUGUGAAACCGGUAAUAACAUGGGAAUCGAUUACUCCGACUGGAUCUCUCGCAGUGACUGAGGUACGGCCAGUGAAAUAGCAAUUAAGAUAAACACCGGCCACAGGCCUGCCAUCUGCGGCGGCCUAACUGGGUUCCUGGUUGACUUAACAUGAUUUAUUUACAAGUCAAUUGGAAUUGAUAGGCACAAAAGUAUAUGUACCUAUAUGUGCCUAUUUGCGAAAGUUGCUAUAGGCCGUACCAACCUUUAAAAGCUAUUGGAUUCUGCUUACGAUUUUCCGCACACGGAGAAAAACUAUUCUAUAACUAUGCAGUAUUAUACGAAAAUUAGCAAUAAUAUGCUAAGUAGAGCUAAAUCUUGGUUGCACACGCACCGCAAUCGGAGAGGA